CGUCGCACAUCAGCUCCGCCGAUCCGCGGCGUGGGUGGGGCAUCUCCAUUGCUACAAGAGGUUAGCUCAGCUCUAGUGAGCCGGAUGUGCGCUUCUCCGCUCCUCCCCAAUUCCAACCAAAAAGGGAACGGAAAACCCCAAAACAAACACGGCGAGUUGGUCGAGGGGCAAAUCGCCGGCGAUGAAGCGUCGGAACCCUCCGUCCGGCGCCGGAUUGCCCGCAGGAGAGGGCUCGGGGUGGGAGGCGAAGUGGGAGCGGCCUAAUGGGCGUUGGAGAGGGAGACAGCCGGCGCCCGUGGUGAAGUGGUCGCACGCCGAGGCCAUGAAGAAGAAGCCCAAAGUUGGUGGCGGAGCAGCCUUGGUCGGAGAUGGCGGAGGGUGGCGGAUGGAGACGGAGGCGGAAAUGGUGGGGCUUGAUGGACGAAGCUGCGGCGGAAGAGGGUUUUUUGGAACGAGCUGGGCGGAGGCGGCGGAGAAGAGCGCGGAUGCGGCCACCGGCGGAGGAGAGAACGAGUGGCGUUUGCCGGAGACGGAAAAGGCGAGUCCUUGCGAGGCCGUGGAAGGGGGCGGUGGAGGAGAUGCGAGGGGCGAUGAGGUCAAGGAGGAACUGUACGAUUGGAGGUGGACGGAGGCUGUGAGCCCGGAGAUAAUGGCGCUGAUACUGCGGGGCAGGUUCGCCGCCGACGAGAUUGCGCGCGGGCCCUCGGCGGUGUGCAGGGCGUGGAGGGAGGCCGCUGCGUCGCCGGACAUGUGGGGGGACGUGGACAUCGAGGCCUGGUGCCGCCGCAUCAAGUGCCGUGUCAGGGCCGACGCAGCUGUGCGCCGCCUUGUCGCCCGCUCCCAGGGCACGAUCCGGCGGCUCUCAGCCUACCGUGUCGGCGACGCUGCGCUUGCCUAUGUCGCCGCCUCUGGGAAAUUGCUUAAUGUCCUCCUGAUCCCGAUGAGCGAGAUAUCUGACCAAGCCGUGGAGAAGUACGUGAAAUGCUUUACUGCCCUAAGAGUGUUGGACAUCAGUUACUGCGUGAAAGUCACAUCGAGAGGCAUGGAAGCAAUAGGCCGACAAUGCAAGUCGCUUGCUCAGCUGAAGAGGAACAUGCCUCCUCCACAGCCUCCCCUGGGCAACAAUGCAGCACCUACGGUGGUUGAAGACGAGGCCCUGGCGGUUGCAAAUACCAUGCCGAUGCUUACACAACUUGAGCUUGCAUAUGGUUUGUUCAGUGAUAUUGGCCUAGAUGCCAUCCUCAACCAAUGCCCUCUGCUGCGUACACUGGACAUACUUGGCAGCUUGAAUGUCAGGCUCGACGGCGACAUCGAGGACAGAUGCUGCGCUCUCGAGUCGUUCCGGGAGCCAUGGGAGCCUGAGUAUCACGAGUACUCGAGCAGUGGUGGCGAUGGCGACUACGAUGACACCGAAAGCGAUGAUUGACUCUAUGUGGUGCAAAAUCCAGGUGGCUAAACGGCUGGGUUUUCAGGAUCCUUUUGGUUAGAUGAAACUUCAAUUUGAAAUGCUUACUGUUGUCUGACCGAGUUAAGCAUUGUUUUUAGCUUGGCGUCUGUCUCUGAGGUAAUUGCUCUGUAAGUGUGUUCUUGAUUGUGUGGAUUGAUCCUGCAAUGUGUUCUGGAGUUAUUGACUGGGGAUUUGGCAUGUGCAAUCUUGAUUGUUCCAGAAUGCUA